CAAUCAACAAGCGGCGGAACGUUUGCAUUAUUGCAAUUUUUGAAAUAAAAAAUAUCUUAAUAUAAUUUCUAAAUUUACUUUUUUAAAUCUUUGUAGAAAUGGAAAUUGACAGUAUUUAUUAUUUUCUUGGCUAAUACAAUUCUAAAUGUACUUUAUAGAUAUCUUGUGGUAGUGACAGAUGCUAUAGUGAUAAUACGCGCCAGUUCAGCAUAUUCCGUUAAAUAUACUUGGAUUCACAGAGGAAUUAAUCUAAAAACUCAGUGCAAUGGCCUUUUCCCCUAAUAAAGAAGUUCUAGAUCGGCAAGUGAAUCAAGUAGCUGCAGAGGCUGAUACAUCGCAAAGUCUGUUCCCUGAGAGCCCAGUCUAUGAGCCGGAUGAUGUUGUAGUUAUUAAUGAUAGUGCUGAGAUCAAGGACUCGACUGUUCUUGAAACCAAUAUUCAAGAUCCUACAAUUGGUCCACCAAAAAGAAAACACUCGGAGGAAAACACUGACAAUAGUGCAAAAAUACUAAAAUUAGAUCCAGAUGUUAUAGCACCUGAAACUGUAAAUAUUGCAUCACCUUGGUGUGAUACCCAAUCCUUAGAUAAUGAAGUCAUGGAAAUAACUAGUGUAGUAAAAAGAAAUGUGGAAGAUGAAUUACCAUCCACUUCAAGAGUCCGUACUCCUGUUCGAUCGAGCCCAAGAAAAAUUACUAAAAGAAGUAACAGUGCCGAGGUUACUACUACUAAAACUCCCAAAACGCCAAAGUCACGUUCCGCGAGUGUUGAUCUAAUCAAUAACCCUAAAAUAACGAAAAAACUAACAGACUUUAAAAAAAUGGAUGUUACGAAAGGAAGUCCAAGACCUAGUGUUGAAUUUGUUAAGGAAAUACCACCUCCAGGGAUUCCAGAGACAAUUCCGGAAGAAAACAACCCAGAUGUAAUGAAUGAUUCGCAAAACGUUCGUCUGGUUUUAACGCCGUCACCCGAAACUGUUAAAGAUGAAAAAAAUGUUAAUUAUAAUAGUGAACCGACUUCUGUUCAGAACAGAAAUGAAAUCCUUGCUCCUGGAGAAAUAAAAAAGGCGAAAAGUGAAGGCUACGAUUGUUCAGACACUUUAUCUUAUUCAAUUAGUAAGGAAUACAAUAAAGGCAAAACCACAGACCAAGAAAGCACAGACAGUUUAAGUUCGAUGGGGCUAGAUAGUCCCGAGCAGCAUCCUGCAAAAUCAAAACUGAUUUCUAAACUAUCUAAUGGGAAUUCCUCAACUCCAAGUGACAAUGUUGCAAUUAAAAAUAUAUCUUGCGAUAACAUCACACCGGAUAGUUCUAAACUUAAUGGAAACAAAGGAAUACGCGGGAAAAUCGAGUCCUUCCGAGCUAGCAAUACGACGACACCAUCAACCAUAUCGCCAUUACAAAAUGGCCAUUCCAUACCCAUUAGUACACCUCAAAUACCAGUCUUUGAUAUCCAUGUGGCACAUAAUGAAGAUAGCGAAUUUUUAUCUUUGUAUGUGGUCAGAACUGACAAUGAUAUAGGAAUGGACAUGUGCAAAGAGUAUCAACGGAUAUCGAAACGGUUCUCGAUCGAUCCUUAUUUAGGCGAUAUUUCAACUAGCACCUCACCGUCUAGUGUCACCAGUGGGGGAGUUAUGAACCUGCCGAAUAGAUCAUCGUUCGUUUCUACUGUUAGUUCAACAUCUACAUCGAGCAAUCGAACCAGCGACGGUGCGUUUGUUGUACCCCAACCACCCAGGAAGUCUGUCUCCAACCCAUCCACAUCGGUCAAAGGAUAUGAUGGUCUGAUGAAAAAACUUCAAGAAAUAUUUUCCCAUAUCAGAGACGCAAACGAUGAUAGUAAUCGCUCAAUGCAUGACGAUAAAAUUUCCAUAGGAAUACAAACUUCAGAUCCUUUGAGCAAUGGCAGUGCUAGCCCUGAAGAAAUAGGGAAAUUGGACAAGGCAACGCCGAAGAGCUCAUUAAAGAAAUCAAGAGUGCGAGGUCGAAGACCAAUCGUAGGAAAAGCUAAACGGGCGAUACUGCCCACACAGCACGAAGAAGCUGAAUUUGCCGAAAUAAAUUCGCCAGAGCCACCGACCAACGGCGAUGGAAAGAUGUCGCCAAAAUCACCUAGGGACUCGAAAGACGAGAAACCACUGGCUAGUCUGGUUGGAACCCCUAAGUCUGUUACAAAACUGAAGAAGCAACGCAGACCAACCUCACCGAGACCGGCUACGCCUGUGGAAAAAGUUGUUGCAAAGCCGGAGUACCCAGGGUUUGCCCCUGACACAGUAGUCUUAGCGAAAUGGGUGGAUAAACGCUACUACUCCGGAAAGGUGCUGGAAAUAACGGAACCGAAUAAGUAUCUUAUCAAAUUUGACGACGGUCAGAGCAAAGUACUUUUAGAUGACUUCAUAAUAUUUGGUGACAUGAAGAAGUUGCCAUUGCAAGGGCAGUCGGUGUAUGCAUUAGUUGAUGAAGAGCAAAACUAUGAGCCGGGAUUGGUUCUCGAUGUUGAAGAAAACAGCAGUGGGACUGUUACAUACAGAUGUACUACAGAUGGCGACACAAUAGUGAUAGUAACGGCAAGUGAGCUCUACCUGACUGAGGACCAAGCUAAGUCCCUGAAGGAUUCAGGCCGGCCACGCUCUCCAUUCAGCCCUUCUACUCCACGACGACGGCACAACCGGGAAUUAGACUUGGACAACAUAAUACAGGGUCCUCGAAGCGCACGCAGUCGAGACAAAACUGCUAACUCCAGUGCAAGAAAACGCAUUGCAUCACCCAAGAGUCCUAAAGCAUCCACUUCCGGAUUGAAAUCAAAAAGCGCGCCAGCACCCGGUCGGAAGCGUCUCGCGAGUGAGAGCAGCGAGAUGAGUGAAAGCAGCAACUCGGCGCCACCCGUGAGGUUGGAAGAAGUGGCUGGUGUUGAACCUGAAGUACAGAAAACGCCGAGGAAGAUUGAUGGAGUCAAAGCUGGACCCUUACAACUGAAAGGUGCGGCGAAACAAAAUAUAGGCAAGAAGAAUUCCAAGCUAACCAAGUUUGAGAAUGAUGAAGACACUGUAUCCAUGCUAGGGCCGAUACCCACUUUGGGGAGCACUAUUUUUGCGGGACUCCACUUCUUACUCACUUGCACUGAUCAACCUCGACCUGUAAGGGGGAAAAUUUCUGAAAAAGAAGCUGAAAGGAACCAAGAAACGCGUCAUUAUUCAUCAGAGGAAGAUGGUGAGACGUCAUCUUCUAUGGUCGGUACUGACACUGAGGACUUAGUCUUCUGUAACAGACCUUUUAAUAAAGAGCGAUUGAAAGAACAGUUGGAAGCUGGCGGUGGAACUGUUUAUAGUGACUUCGAAGACGUGCCGAAGACCAAAUAUUCCGUGUGCAAACUAAUCGCACCCCGGCCUUGUCUAACAAUGAAGUACAUACUUUGCCUUGCCGCGGACAUUCGCGCUGUCUCCCACGGGUGGGUGAUAAUGAGCUGCAGUUCUGGACGUUUGUUGGACAUAGAUGCCUACGCCCUUCCGACAGGCCUUGCGCUAAAUACGAACGCUUUUGUAAAUUGGGUCCCACCAUCUGGUAAACGGAACACGACAUUCUUCAAGGACAAAGUGAUCCUGAUAUGUGGGGAACAAGACACAUUUGUCAAAUUCUGGGACCGCGUUUGUAGCCUCGCCGGGGCAAUCACCCGAGUUGUUAACGAAGAAGACUUGAAUAUGUCCGGAGCAUAUGCUUUAGUCACCGACUGGGAUUGCCCACAUGAGGUCCAAAACAAGGCCAAUCAAGAUAACAUCCCCCUGGUUUCCACGACGUGGGUGAAGCAGUGCCUGAUAGAAGGCAAAGUACUGCCCCCAACCAGCCACGAUCGGUUCUCAUUCAUGUAUACUGAGCCCGAAUGAUCCUGGGACUUUAAAAAGGUGCUCAUUAUACGUGAAUUUUGACACUUGUGAGUGCUAGUGAUAUUGACACAAUGACAGUGAUAGUGACAUCUAGUGGUUAAAAUGUGCAAGCGAAGAUAGUGACUUUGGUCUUCACUUAGGUUUUGAUGAAAUGGUUAAGUUAACUAUGUGUAUGCAGAGUGGUAUUUUUAACACCACCUGAAGGUGAAGUAUGUAUUAUAUCAGAAUUUACUCCAUUUUUUUUAAUAAAUAAAAAUUCAAUUUCGUAAAAUAAUAAAUUACUUAUUACAUUGUAACAUUUGUGUUAAAAGCACUUCCCGUCCAUAUGGUGUUAAAGUUCCACUCUGUUAUUAAUCCUUUGGAAUUGUGGGUAGUUGUAUAAGAUAUGCUUUGGUAGAUUAAGAUAACUGAAUUGAGUUUGACAGAAAAUAUUUUACUCUGGAAUACAUGAUACACAAAAUUUCCCUAUCCCAAAGUGGGUAGUGGGACAAGUAGAGAUCUCAUAUUUUUGAAAAUUUAAAUUACAUUCCGCAGGUCUACUCUAAUGUAAAUAUGUAUUCGAAAUUCAAAAAAACUUAACAAUUUUGGUGUAAAAUAAUGUAAAUUGUCACUUGUAAACUUAUUCAAUUAUGACAUAAAAACUUAAUAUAGUUAAGAUUGUAUAAGUAGUGUGAAAAAUAAUUAUGGAAAUGAUAGUUUGAUGUUUAAACUAUGAUACUUUAUUGAUUGAUUGAUGAUUAUUCUACGAGGAUUUUUUUAUAAUCUGGUUGAUUUACUCUCAAAUCCAUUAUAUUUUUUAUUAAUCCAUUGUAAUUCAGUGGAUGGAAAAAUACCAAAUAAAAAAUAAUGGUAGAACUAGUCUUAAACAAGUUCUUGUACAUUAUUACAGAAUGUAUCGCUUUCAAUAAAUUUUAAACUGAACCCAGGUUAAGUAAAAAUGACAGAAAUACCAUUUAUAUUUUUUAUUGCAUUUAUUAUUAUUACUUUUAUGUGAAAUCAAGGUUUAUUGUGUGCUUUUUAAUUAGGCUUAUUUAAAUUAUUACAUUUUUGCAACUAGUAUUGGUACAAUUUAACGUUUUUAUUUUUGGUACAUGAGGUGCCUCAAUUGUACAUUGACUAUCUUGUAAAGAUAUUUGUAAGACAUUUUGUGAUUUAAUUAGUAUUGUUUUUUCCUGUAAUUUAUUCUAUAUGCCGUCAUGAAAAACUUAUAUGUCGACUUAAACUCUAAAAAUACUUCUUUCUAUUACAGUGUAAACUAUGUAGCAACGCUAAAAGUAUUAUUAUUAAUUGAGUAAUAGUAGUGACUUUUAGAUGUUACAAUAAUCUAAGGAUAGUCUAGAAAAAUAAAAACUAAAGUAAAUAUAAAUUACAUAUAAACAUUACAGGCUUAAUGUGUUUAAUACAUUGUAGUUAUUGAGAAUUAAUUUGUAAUUGUAUGAACAAGAAUGCAAGUGAACCAAAGUCUAGAAAUUUCCACGUUUUAGGGGUUUCCUUAAAUCCAGUGACGUCACAUGAAGUUUACACUGUAUAUGAUGAUACCUUGUGUGAUAUUUUUAUACUUCACCAAUAAAUCUUAUAAACGCAUUGAAGAUUUUCCUGAUGGAAUAAGUGAUUUGUUAAUUCAAAAUUUGUUCUUAAAAGAUUAAAUCUUGACAUGAUCUGACUGUAAAUAUCAAUAGUAUAUAGAAUAUGAAUCUUGUUUAAAAGAAUAUUAUUGUCAAAUCUUAGAAGUUCGUGUAAUACUAUUAUACCGAAGCCCUACAGGUUGUUGAAUAAAAAUUUUCAGGUUCCUUACACAUCUUAGUUGGAGUAUAUAUGAAGUAUUGGAAAGCAUUUUCAAGAAAUGUUGCCGCCUGAUUUUAGCAUGCUCAGACGUUAUUCGAUGUGACAAAUGUUCAUAACAAACAGGGUUCUUAACUAAGCUUCAACAAUCGCUAAAAUAGAGAGAAAACCUACAUUGGUAACGUGACCAUUUACAUACAAAUUAUGUUGGCACGAGUGGGUCUGUCAAGGUAUGGUCUAAGGCCCCAAGUAUACUGUCAUAAAUGAUUCAUUUCUUAUAUUAUUAAUGUACUGCUUUUUAUAAUGUAGGAAUUAAUGUAGUUGUCCGGUGUAUGUUGCGAGUGUUGCAAUUUUUGUUGCGUUUCAUACUUUGUUAAGUAUACUCAUUGAGGGAAUUCAGUGUAAUGUCUAAACUAUUAAUAAAUUAUAAGAAAUA